AUGGCUCCCAUUGGUAUGUUCUAUUGGUCAUAUGUGACCGAGGAGCUAAAGGAACCACUUUUUGCCAAAUUAGAGAGUGAGUUUGAUAUCUCAAUGAAUAAUGAAGCUAUGAGGUUGGCUGUGGACUAUUCACUGUCUAAGAGGUUCAUUAACUUCAAGUAUCAUUGUCAUAAGCAUUAUCUGGCGUUAGGAGCCGAUGCUAGACAGACCCCUCCUAAAAAUGUGAAGAUGGAGGAGUGGAUAAAGUUGUGUGAGCAUUUUGAGUCUGAUAGGUUCAAGAGGCAAAGUGCUGCUAAUAAGCGCAAUAAAAGCAUGCAGAUUUUUGCUCAUACUAUAGGUGGCAAAUCAUGCAGCCAACGAAUGUAUGAAAUGGAAACAACCGAUGAAGCAAGCAAUAAGCCUGAUAUGGAAAACAAUGAUAAUAAUGAAUCCGAUGAAGCAGAGGUAGAGCCCAAGGACAUCAGAGUUUAUGUUGAUACACAUAAGAGAAAAAAUGGGACUUGGGUCAAUGAGCAACCUCAAAAAAAUUAUCACCCAACUAUACCAGAAAAGUCAGCUCGAGUUCCCAAAGAGAGAGAAUUGGAGGCACGACUGGAGGAGACACUUGUUGUGGGGGAGAGGCAGAGGAAAGAAUUUGAGGACCAGAUUCAUGCACAACAGGAGUAG